GUCAUAACACAAGUUUUUGUUGGUGUAGUAUAGCUGUAUACUGUAUAAGUAUUCUGUAGUAAAGUUUAAUCGGUUUCUUGCUUAAACUUGACUGGUUUUUACUGUUUAUUUAUAUGUGCAUGUUCCGUUAUUUCCAAUAUAUCCCUUGUCACAGUGAUACUAGCCGAUUGUAAAUUUAAUAUGACUACCCACGUUUCCAGGUAUCUUAUAUAUUUGGUAAGCUAGAUUAAUAAAAAACAGUUUCGUUUCAAGUACGAAGGUAGCAGGAUACGAUUCUUUGAUAACCUAAAAUAUAGAUGACUGAUGUCCGCCUCCGGUCCUGUGCAUAGUCUUUGGUCAAGCAUUGUUGCUGUGCUUGGUCGUGCAUUUCCAAACCUUGUUCAUUAUCAGAAGCUUACCACCAACUCCCCAGCAGCUGGCAUGCAAGGAAAGUUCCGAAGCUCUGUAUGGGACCCUCCUCUUAUUGUGUCACAAAUGAUAACAAUGCAGUGUAUUUAUUACACAACACUGGGCCUAGUAUCAGCUUUGGUCAUGCUCGUUAUUCACAACCAACCUUCCCUCCAUUAUGUAUUUGAUACAGAUGUUUUUCAUAUCAGUGCGAAAGUGAACCAAUUGGUUUUGGUGUCGCAUCUUUUGAACUCUUUACUUGGAGCUGUUGCACUUUGGUAUGUUGUACAACGUGCUAAACAGUGUUUGGACUUUGCGUGUACUUUGCACUUGUUUCAUUUUAUGUGUUGCUGGAUUUACACGGGCCACUUUCCAACGAGUUUAAUGUGGUGGCUUGUCCAGCUUCUGUGUAUUAUUCUUAUGGUUGUAACAGGAGAAUAUCUGUGCUUCAAAUCGGACAUGAAAGACAUUCCAUUGGUUGGCAGCAAAGCUGAUGUAUAGCAUAAAUGCCAGCUUGCACAUGUUUAUUGCAUUGUUUUAUCUUUUUAACAAGGCUGAUGUGCAUUAUGUUUGAGCAUGUUUGUCAACUCAACCUCCCAUUUACAGAGUGCAUGUUUCUUCUGUGAACCCUUGGGUUGUUUUCUUCAGUGUUAUAUUUAUUUAAUUCAUAAACCCUACAAAUUGAAUCCAGUAAAGAUUGCGAUUCCUCCAGAUAGAUAUAAUUCAUAAUAGAAAUAGUAUACAUUAAACAAGAUAAUGAUAUUUUGUUGUUCGUUCUUUAUGUAGGAUUAGCAUAUUGUCAUUAAAGUCAUUAAUAUAACUGUAUUAAUAGUCGGUAUUGGUAUAAUAGUACAAAAUGGACUUGAAAAUCUGGAACUUUUUUAAAUUUUCGUUUAAUCUUGUCAUUUUUCUGUCACAUGUGUUUUUUAAACUUGAUGUAUUUUUACUGUUUAAAUAAAAUUGUACGAGUCUUCUACUUUUAUUUAUGAUGAUCUUCCAG